GUUCCGUCCCCCCCACCUCCGCCCCUUCGGCUCCAGGAGCGGAGCGCGCCGCGCGUCGGGAGGCAGGGCUGCCGGAAGUGGCCUCACGUCGGUACCGCCUUUUCCGGCGGUCAGGGGCUCGGGCGGCACCCGCGCCCGCGCACGCCGCGUUCCGGUAUCCGGGCCGUCCGCCCCGCCCCUCGGCCGCCACGGCCUACUCCGCCGGCGCCAUGGCCGCUGCGGUCGGGGACGGCGCGGUGAAACCGCUUCAAUGCGCCAUGAAGCUGGCCAACGGGGCCAUCGAGCUGGACACCGGCAACCGGCCCCGGGAGGCAUAUACAGAAUACCUGAGGAGCGUCCACUACAUCUCCCAGGUGCUGCUAGAAGAAGUGGAGACUUCCAAAGAAGCUGGGGAAACUGUGACCCCUGACACCUCGAAGAUGCUGAAGCUGGCUGAGCAGUGUCUGGAGAGGGCCCAGUCGACAGCUGCCAAACUUGGGAAAACAUGCCUGAGGCCAGCCAUGCCUGUGGCUGCCCCCGUCCCCUCUCCUACCAGCCGACACCGCCGGGUGUACUCGGAUGAGGGAGGGAAGCUCUCUCCAUUUCUGCCGCCUGAGAUCUUCCAGAAGCUUCAGGCUGUAGAGUCACAAAGCUCUAAGAAGGAGCUGACACCCCUGGAGGAGGCCUCCCUGCAGAAUCAGAAGCUGAAGGCUGCCUAUGAGGCCAGGAUGGCCCGUCUGGACCCCAGCCAGGCCAUGCAGAAGACAUCCCUGACCCUGUCCCUGCAGCGGCACGUGAUGGAGAACCUGGUGAUCGCUAAAGCCCGGGAGAAGACACUGCAGAGGAAGAUGGAGGAGCGCCGGCUGCGGCUCCAGGAGGCCGCCAACAGGAGGUUCUGCAGCCAGGUUGCCCUGACCCCCGAGGACCGGGAGCAGCGGGCCCUCUACGCCGCCAUCCUCGAGUACGAGCAAGACCACGACUGGCCAAAGCGCUGGAAGGCCAAGCUCAAGAGGAGCCCAGGGGACCUGUCCCUGGUGACCAGCCUGGUCUCCCACCUGCUCAGCGUCCCCGACCACCCCAUCUCGCAGCUCCUGAAGAAGCUCCAGUGCGCCGUGUACCGGGCGCUGUACCCCAUCGUGAGCAGGGGCGCUGCCUCGGCCCUGGGCUGCCGUUCCCUGCCCCCCGACGCCGACGGGCUGCUGGCUCCUGGAAGCCGGCGGCUCCGGCCCUCUCAGAGCCUCUACUGCAUGCCCUCCCCCCCGGAGCCCAGCCCAGCCCAAAGGCCCACAGACGGCGCCUCCGCCAGCGCCCCCAUCCCCCCACCCCACCCCGGCAACCCGGACAGAGGGGCAGACGGCAGCCCCGCGGGGCCUCCCUCACCCCUGGCGGACACUUCAUCCGACCUGCCGGGCAACGACAGCUCCUUCGGGGACCUGGAACAGUUCUUGGCUGCUCCUGAGAGGAGGGGCCGGGGCCCUGGGGGGCAGCCUGAGCCCCAGCCCCCAGGGGUGAGGAAGGAGCCAUUGCUGGAGCAGCUGAAGGGCACCGUGCAGGACAUACACGACGCCAUCGACAGGCUGCUCUCGCUGACCCUCCUGGCUUUUGAAGGCCUGAACACGGCCGCCUCCAAAGACCGCUGCUUGGCCUGCAUCGAGGAGCCCUUCUUCUCCCCGCUGUGGCCCCUGCUGCUGGCCGUGUACAGGAGCGUUCACCGCCUGCGGGAGGCCGCCCUGAGCAGGAGCAUGGAGCUGUACGGGAACGCGCCCCCGGCGGCCGUUGGCGUCCCCACCAAGCUCCUCCCCCGGGACCCCGAGGCCACAGCGGGCGGCGCCUACCCGUAUUGUGCUGCCGCCCAGGAGCUAGGGCUGCUGGUCCUGGAGAGCUGCCCCCAGAAGAAGCUGGAGUGCAUUGUGCGGGCCCUGCGGGUCACCUGUGCCUGCGCGGAGGACUACUCCCGGGCUCGCGAGGCUGCGCCCCAGCCCGGCAUCGCCGCCAUUGGCGCCGACGACCUGCUGCCCAUCCUGUCCUUUGUGGCGCUGAGGAGUGGCCUCCCCCAGCUGGUGUCGGAGUGUGCAGCCCUGGAGGAGUUCAUCCACGAGAGGUACCUGAUCGGAGAGGAGGGUUACUGCCUGACGUCACUGCAGAGCGCCCUGAGCUACGUGGAGCUGCUGCCCCGGCGGGCCCUGGGCAAGUAGCAGAGGACGGGCUGGCCAAGGACUGGCCCAGAGGCACCUGCGUGGGGCGGUGGGCUGGCCGAGGUGGGGCUCUCGCCCCCGCCUGACAUCAGCCCCUAAGGCUCAAGGAGGCCCCUCUGCUCCGGAUACGAUGGGGCUGACCCGAGUCAGCUCCCAGGAACCAGACCCUUCUCUUUCCUGUCCCCACCUGUGAGAGGCCCCGUGCAGGGAAACUGGGCGCCCCUGGGGCCUGCACACUCCAAUGGCUCAGUCCGCUGACACCCUGCAGGCCCCGCAAGCCCAAGGACAGAGGGGCCGUGGGCCUGACCGAGGGCAGGUCUGCUUCUCUCCCUUCCCGUCCCCUGUGACACGCGGAGCUCCCUGAGCCAGGUUCUUGUCUGAGUCGAGAAGAGAGCCUGUCACCCCACAAGAGGCCUGGGGCCCAGGUGGGUUUAGACUGUGCUGUUUAUUGGUCACUGACCACUCUGUCCUGGAGACCCAGGUGUCCCCAGGGCACCCGCCCAUGUGUGGGAGCUCUGAGCCACACUCCCACCCUUGGUAAUGGGCACAGACAUCCUGAGACCCCUGGCGAAUCCCCACCCCCACUCAGCCACUUCAGGGUCGGUGUGAACCCAAGGGUUGGCGCCUGCCAGGAGCCCCACCACCUGCCCACCCUGACUGUUACAGGCCCCUGGGCAACCACUGACCCAGCUGGAAAUAAAGAGGUCACUGGUGUCUCCGUCAGCGCGGCUCACCUGCUCCCCGUCCCACUGGCCGGGCGGAGGACUGGGCAGCACAGCCACUCCCAGCCAACCAGCCAGAGCCAGAGGGUCCCAGAGGCCCCUGGGGCCAUCGCCAAGCCCAGCCUGCCUCCCAGACCUCUGCCCAGGAGUGGGAUCCGUGGGGCUGCUCCUUCUAGCACUGGACACACUUGGGGGGGCCUAGCAGGUUGGCAGGGUCAGAGGUCAUCACUGGGCAGGAUCUGAGCCCGGACCACUCCUCCCGAAGGGUUCCCAGGAGUCAUGUUGCUCUCCAGGUGGGGAACACACGCAGGUGGCCCGGCCCCAGCCCCAGGCAGCAUCUGUCACCAUGGCAGAAAGUGGUGUGGGAGCAGCGUGUGGGUCCCUGGGGAAGGCCCAGCUGGACCUGACUGUGUGUUCUGUGCACGCAGUGUCCCAAGGCUGUGCGGGAACCUCGUGAGGAAAGUGAGGCACAGAAGGGGAAACGCCUUCUCCAGGCCACAGCUCCCGGUGGCAGAGCUCUCUUUGAGCCCAGCAGGUUGACUCCGGAGGCCAGAGGGGGCCGGGGACGUGACCCCAAGGGAAGGCCAACCCGAGUUCCGGGGGCAGCUGCCUCUUUCGGGAGCCUUUGUGGGCAGGGGUCCCCUGCCCACCAGCACCCCAGGAACGACAGGCAGGCACCCGCCUGCUCACCCUGCCCUGCCCUCAAAGCUCUCAGUCCCUGAGUCCCUGCCCUCUCCAAAGGAAGCCCCCCAGUCCUGGACACGAGGCCCAGCCAGCCAUGAAGCCUGGGGAGGAUGACCCCCCUGCUCCAGGCCUUGGCGGUCUCAAGGAUGGGAUUUUAAGCCCCCUUUCAUAGAGCAGGUGGACGAUGGAGCGAAGCCUGACCGUGGGCGCUCCUGCUGGCUUUGGGGAGCUCUCUGGAGGCGCUGAUCAGACGGCCUUCCUCCUGCUGGCUCUGGGCCAGUCCUUCAGCCUCUCCCAGCCUACAGCCGUUCGUAAGACGGUGAGUGAUGGAUUCUUCACACAGAAAAUCCUCCAGAUCAACACGAAAAAGGCAGGAGCCCCAGUCAGGAAAAUAGCAACGGCUGUGAACAGGCUGUCUUCAGAAGAACUUUAAAAAGCUCAUCAGCAUAAGAAGAGGUGUUUAAAGUCAUUUUUAAAAUCAAGAAAUGCAAAUUAAAACACUUACAAGACAGACCUUCCCUUGCGCUGAACUGGUGAAGAUGAGAAAGCUGGAUGAUCGGGAGAGUGGUGUUGCCUGGGAGACUGGACCCAGCCACACAGUGUGCAGCGUGCUGGGCGGUGGUCCGGGGAGCUGCGGUCCUGGCAAAGGUAGGUAUUAACUGACCCUGCCACCCAUCUGCUCCGUCCGGCUAUAGCCCAGGGUCACAGGAGGACCCCUACGCAGCUGGCGCUGAGGCAGUGUGGCAUCCACCCCCCCCCCUGCUGUGUAACAAACCAGCCCACUCACUGGCUUAAACAUGGGACAGCCAUUUGCUUUGCUUGUGAAACUCCCACCUCGGCAGGGUUCAGUGGGGACAUCUUGUCUCUGCCCCACCUGCAGCAUCAGCUAGGUCAGCUUCCAAGUUGGGGUGACCCAAGAUCAAGGGGUUGGAGUCAUCUGGAGAUUUGUCUACAUGUCUGCCAUCAGCGAGGGCCUCAGGGCUGUGGGAACAGCCGUGGGAGGCCUGCAUUCGUUUCCUGUAACUAGCUACUGGGGAGCUUAAAACAACAAAAAUUUACUCUCAAAGCCCUGAAGUCAAGGCGUCCACAGGGCCGUGGCCCAGCAGAGUGCUAGACGAGAACCCUUUCCUGCCUCGUCCAGCUCCGGGGGUUCCUGCAGUCUCUGCCUGUAGCUGCAAGCCUCUGCAUCCAUCAUAUGCCUCCUCCCGAAGUAUGUAACCUUGCUCCU